UCAUUAAGAUAUGAUUAUCUUUUGUAGUGUUUACUUAAGUUGUUUCUCGUUUUAUCUCAUUAGAUCAUUGACUGAGUUAGAAGAGGCUCAGUUAAACUUCUAUGAAGAAAACAAAAGUCAGAGGAAGGUUGCAGAGCAGCAAGUGAAAACCCUUGCUGUGCAAGAGGAGUUUUUUAAGUUGACAACCAAGACACUGGCAGAAAAGAAUGAUUUGUCCGGCAUCCUGGAUCUUUUUUACAGAACAAUAAAAAGAGGACAGCAUAUAAAGGAGGAUGAAAUUCAAUGUACAAAGUUGAAAACUGAGAUAUUAUAAAGUAAAUCUUGUAGCA